AUGGACCAGACUCAGUCCAAUAGGAGGACCAGACCAGACUCAGUCGUACAGGAGGACCAGACCAGACUCAGUUCUACAGGAGGACCAGACCAGACUCAGUCCUACAGGAGUACCAGACCAGACACAGUCCUACAGGAGGACCAGACUCAGUCCUACAGGAGGACCAGACCUGAUUCAGCCCUACAGGAGGACCAGACUCAGUCCUACAUGAGGACCGGACCAGACUCAGUCCAACAGGGGAACCAGACCAGACUCAAUCCUACAUGA